GACAGUUCCCGCCCAUCGCGCUGGACGCGCAGUCAGCGCUGGGAGGCGGGCGAGGGGCAAGGGGCGGCGGGGGCGGGGGCAGUGGGCGGCGGAGGAGGCGGACGCGGCGAACGCGCCGGCGGAGGCGGCGCCGGCGCCCGCGUGCUUUGCGCGUGGGCUGCGGUGAGGUCGGUCACGAGGGUUCCUCUACUCACUUGGUGCGGAGAUGGAUUGGCGUUUCGGGCGCCGGCGCUAGGCGCCCCCUGUCGCGCCUGCCUACGCCCCUUCGCCGCCUGCCUGCUCUUCCCGCUCGACUUCACGGCGACGGGCGGCGUGGGGCGCGUGGCCGGGGCCCUGCGCGCCGUCUACGCGCUCUACCUCGAGGGCGCCGUGCUGCUGGCGUUCACGGGCGUGGCGCUGCACCGCGCCGACGCAGCGCGCGGCCUCACGGCGCUCGGCCUCCGCUGGCGCCUCAUCGUCGCAGACCACGUCCCGCGCCUCCAAUCAACCACCACCCCCACUAUUACUGGCCGGGGGCGGGCGGGUGGGAGGCCCACAGGCGCCACUCUUCCGCUGGACGCCGCCGUCCGACGCGCCCGCCCCGUGCCGUGCCCAGGCCCCGGCCCCGGCCCCGGGCCUCACCGCCGCCAGCGCCGCUUGCGAGGCCUCCGUCACCAGCCGCAGCCGCAUCGCCAGCGCCAGCGCCAGCGCCGCUCCUGUACGCUGUGA